CUGGUUGCUCUGCGAACAAGAUCCGGGAGGAAACACUGGGUAUGCAAGUGCCGUGGGGGCACAGCCGAGGUUGCGCUGUAGAGGCUCGCGGGAGUCCUGAGCGCGCCUGAAGUCAGAGUUGUUAGGUUUCGUUCAGGCUGCUGUGGGAAGUCCCAGCCUGUGGGGAGCGGCCACUCCUCUCUGCCGGAGGCUCAAGGCUUCCGCCCGGCUUGUCCGUUAGCUGAGGAGGUGGCGGAGCGGGGCCCCUGCCAGGUCGUCAUGUGGGCCUUCCCGGAGUUGCCAAUGCCGCUACUGGUGAAUUUGAUCGGCUCGCUGCUGGGAUUUGUGGCCACAGUCACCCUCAUCCCCGCCUUCCGUGGCCACUUCAUCGCCGCGCACCUCUGUGGCCAGGACCUCAACAAAAUCGGCCGGCAGCAAAUCCCAGAGUCCCAGGGAGUCAUCAGCGGUGCUGUUUUCCUUAUCAUCCUCUUCUGCUUCAUCCCUUUCCCUUUCCUGAACUGCUUUAUGGAGGAGCGGUGUAAAGCCUUCCCGCACCAUGAAUUUGUGGCCCUGAUAGGUGCGCUCCUUGCCAUCUGCUGCAUGAUUUUCCUGGGCUUUGCGGAUGAUGUACUGAAUCUGCGCUGGCGUCAUAAGCUGCUGCUGCCUACAGCUGCCUCACUACCUCUUCUCAUGGUCUAUUUCACCAACUUUGGCAACACGACCAUUGUGGUGCCCAAGCCUUUCCGGCCCAUUCUUGGCCUGCACCUGGACUUGGGGAUCCUGUACUAUGUCUACAUGGGGCUGCUGGCAGUGUUCUGUACCAAUGCCAUCAAUAUCCUAGCAGGAAUUAAUGGCCUAGAGGCUGGCCAGUCACUAGUCAUUGCUGCUUCCAUCAUCAUCUUCAAUUUGGUGGAGCUAGAAGGUGAUUGUCGAGAUGAUCAUGUCUUUUCCCUCUACUUCAUGAUACCCUUUUUUUUCACCACCUUGGGAUUGCUCUACCAUAACUGGUACCCAUCACGGGUGUUUGUGGGAGAUACCUUCUGUUACUUUGCUGGCAUGACCUUUGCCGUGGUGGGCAUCUUGGGACACUUCAGCAAGACCAUGCUACUCUUCUUCAUGCCCCAGGUGUUCAACUUCCUCUACUCACUGCCUCAGCUCCUGCAUAUCAUACCCUGCCCUCGCCAUCGUAUUCCCAGACUCAAUACCAAGACAGGCAAACUGGAGAUGAGCUAUUCCAAGUUCAAGACCAAGAACCUCUCUUUCUUGGGCACCUUUAUUCUAAAGGUAGCAGAGAGCCUCCAGCUAGUGACAGUGCGCCAGAGCGAGCAUGAGGAUGGUGGCUUCACGGAGUGUAACAACAUGACCCUCAUCAACUUGCUCCUUAAGGUCAUCGGGCCCAUGCAUGAGAGAAACCUGACCUUGCUCCUGCUGCUGCUACAGGUGUGGUCAGGGAAGGGCUUUAUAGCUCCUUGUUUCCCUUUCUCCAUGGUUCUGACUCUAGUGUGUUUCUCCUCACAGAUCCUUGGCAGUGCUGUCACCUUCUCCAUUCGGUACCAGCUUGUCCGGCUCUUCUACGAUGUCUGAUUCCCCUGAUGCUUGCCCUUUACUGGACAGUCUGCAGGGUUCCUGACUCAGGCCAACCUCUUUCCUGACCAGGAAUGCCUCCUGGCCCAGGCCUCUACCCACCACCUCUUCUUCUCCCCGAGAUUUUAUACUUAGUGAUUCCGUUUCGCUGUGAUUAUUGACAUCUUGGGCAUGACUUGCCCUCUACUGACUGUUGGACUUUGCCUGUGGCUUCCUUCAGCUGCCACUCUCCCUUUCCGUCCCGUCUUUACAGCCUCCUGAGGUGGGAUACUGCCACUUUUAUGCAGUUACCCACGCCUCGGACUCUCAAGGAAUAUGUUGGGCCUGGGGAAAGAACCCUGGCUGCGGGAUAGGGACACAGGCUUUAAAAUUACUUGAUAUUUGACUAUAAAUUAAGUAUUCUGAUUAGUAAGGGCAGACUGCGGGGGUGGGCGGGAGCCAGGUGCUCCCAGUGGUGACAAUAAAGUGUUGUCUUUUU